AUGUUUAUUUGCGAUCUUUUCUCAUUACUAGUAAGUUGUUCAUUUCUUGUAGCCCUAGAAAUUUAUUCUUAUAAUCCAGAAUUUGCUUUAUUCGGAUAUGAAACUCCGGAUUGGACACCGGCAUCAUUCUUUAAAGUUAAGCGCAAAAUUGAUGUGCCUCUAGAAAAAAAUUGGCCAGUAUUACGAUAUAUAAAUGAAACAAUAGAAGAUCCUACGCAAUACCAUUUCUCAUAUAGAAAACCGAAAGAAACACACGACUACAACUUUUAUUACAAGACACUUCAGACUACACACUAUAGACUUGAAAGAGCAUAUGUUAGCUUUAAUGGUGCUGUAGGUCUUGAUGAAAACACCAUUUUCCAACCAACAGAUUUUGAAAGGAACGCUACAAAUGCAAGUGUUGUAGGCCAUUACCGCGAGGUUAUUGUUACAGGAUAUUUAUGGGCAACAUAUAAUUUUGGCCAUUCAUUUGAAGAUUUUUUCACUCCACUAUUUUUAAUUCCUGAAGAAAUUAGAAGGAGAUCACAUAUUAUUGUAUUCUCAAUGCCAUUUCUCUAUAAUACACUCCUGGAUCUUCUAGGCUUUUUACCAGAUCGAAGAAUAUAUUUACCAAAAAAUAAAGGUGAAUAUAUUUCGGCUGAUAUACUCCAUUGUUUUGCAAAUAGAACCUUUUACAUCAGUCAAUGGGGGCCAAACACUUACAGAUUUAAACGGUUCUUGCAUGAAAAAUUCGAAUUAGAUAAAAUUACACCAUCUGAAUACUGCUUUACAAACAGGCCUAAAGGCAAGAGAAGGCAUAUUCAUAAUCUUGAUGAAGUAAUAAAUUCAGCAAAAGCAAAGUUCCCAACAAUUGAUUGGAAAUUUAUUCCAGAUAAUCAUACAAAUCUUAUUGAAUGCGCCAGGGAUUUCAAAAAGAUUAAGUUUCUUUUCUCUCCUGUAGGUUCAAACAUUUGUAAAUGCAUUUUUAUGGCCGACAAUACUGUUGUUAUAUGCGUUACAGCGAAUUUCCCUGAAAAUUCUCUGGCAGGUUUCUGUUUAAGUUGUAAAUUAUUUGAGUUACAAUAUGAUUCAAUCUCUGCUCAUCAUUUAGAAUAUGGUUCACCAAUUAAUGUGAACGAUGCAUUAUUCCAUAUAGAAAAAUGUUUGAAAGUAUUAGAAACUGGAAAUUGGAACGUAUAUAAAUAA